UUUAGACUUCGCUACAAACAUUCAUACAGUAACCCGAACGAACUUAUCAAUUCCCUAUCUUCCGGAUGUCAUAUAUGCUGACUUUCAAUCGCAAACAGCCCGUGACCUCAUACAUAGCGGUAGAAUUCCCUUCAAGUUCCCCGAAGUCGUUUUAAAAUCAGGUAGAAACUUCCCUUUCCCUUUAAGUCACCCAGUGAAUAAUGACCAAGUUAUUUUAUCCGUUUCUUCCCGCGUGUUAGAAAUAGUGUUUGUUACUUGUUAGUGACGUGUGAAACGUGCUUUACUGAAAUGCUGAAAAAUUGAGUAAAUUCUUCCUUUUUUGUGUUUUCUGGUUACUCAGUUUAUGAAAGUUAGAAAGGAUCAAGUGAAGAAACAUAAUGGCAUCAUGGUGCUGUGUUCCCAGUCGUGCCUUAGUUGCCAUGAUGGUAUUCUGGGGUACCUUCGUCAACUAUAUGUUCAGAUCACAUUACUCGAUCAGUCUGCUGGCGAUGAUGCAAGCAAGGAAAGUGAAUGAAACCCUUGGAGACUUUGGACCACGUUACAACUGGACGUACGAAUGGGAACAAAGAACCAUAAGUGCCAUGUUCUAUGGGCUUUCCGCCUUAUCACUGCCAUCUGGUAUGAUCUCGGAGAUGCUGGGGCCUUGGCAGGUUCUUAUGUGGUCUUCCAUCGUCAUGGCAGUAUCCUCAUGUCUCAUUGUGCCUGCCGCCCCUAUAGGGCCAUUUUGGGUUUUCGUUUUGCGGUUUGUCGUUGGUCUCAUGCUGGCCCUUCAAUAUCCAGCCCUUCAGUGCCUGAUAGGAAGAUGGGCUCCGCCCAGUGAGAAAGGAAGGUUCUCGGCUUGUCUGAUGGGAAAUGCAUUCGGUUCUAUGCUCACUAUGCCCGUUACCAGCAUGAUUAUAGAGAAAUUCGGCUGGAAUUGGUCCUUCUAUUCUUUGUCCUUCGUUGUUGCACUGUUUUGUACCGGCCUGAUACUCUUCGUGGCUGAUUACCCACGGGACUACAGGUGGAUCGCUAAGGACGAGUUGCAGUACAUCGAGAAGUCACAGGGGAAACAAGUCAGCAGAGAAAAGGUCACUCCACCUUACCGAGCUAUGUUUGCUUCAGUACCUUUCAUAGCGUUGAUAAUCGCCCAGUUCGGUAACCUUUAUGGCUUGACAAUGUCGCUGACUGCGACGCCACAGUUCUUGAAGAGGGUUCUCAACUUCAACCUCAAAGGUUCAGCGUUCAUUGCUGCUUUACCGCAGCUUUCAAGACUGAUUUGCGGUUUCAUCUUCGGAUACAUCAACGACUUGCUGUUGAGAUCUGGUGUUAAGAAGCAGACCUGCAGAAAGGGUUUCACAAUUUUAUCUCACAUCGCUACCGGAUUGUGCCUAUGCUGUUUUCUCUUCAUAGGACAAAGCUCUGAUAUGGCCAUCAUUCUGUUGGUUGCCAUGCUAGGGUUCAAUGGGGCUGCGGCUGAAACCACCCUCAUCAACCCUCAAGAUCUAUCACCGAAUUUCGCUGGUACAAUUCACGGCAUCAUGAACUUUUUUGCCGGAUGGGGAGGUUUCAUUGGCCCCAUGCUCAUUGAAAAAUUGACCAGAGAUAACACGAUGGACCAGUGGGCGAUAGUAUUCACAAUUGGUGGACUUAUCUAUAUAGUGAGCGGUAUAGUUUUCAUGUGUUUUGGAUCCGCUGAUUUGCAGCCUUGGAAUGACAAGUCCAAAUCAAGUCUACCACCACCGGUUGCAGUAUAAAAAGAUAUAAAUCUUCAGAAUAAAUUAUAUAAGAAUUGAAGUGAUCAAUGUAUAUAUUUUUAAUAAAAGAAAUUGGUGCUGUA